CAGCAAUUCAUUCGAAUCUCCAUCUACAAUGGCCAUCAUCUCUCUGAGGUCGCUCCGGGUCCCUCCCAUGGGCUCAACACGGGCGGCUUCCCUCAUCAAGCGCGCUUCUUCGUCUCUGGCCGACAAGACCGUCCUGCAAGAGCUCGACGAGCGUGGAUUCGUAGCAGCCAUCACCAGCGAGAACUUGAAGAAACACGUCGAGUCACCGACAACAAUUUACGCCGGUGUCGACCCUUCAGCUUCUUCAUUACACGUCGGUAACCUCUUGCCCUUACUCGGCCUCUUGCAUUUCCAAACCAAAGGCCACCAGUCUAUCGCUCUUAUUGGGGGCGCAACAGGCUCAAUAGGCGACCCCUCCGGCCGCUCAACCGAACGCCAAUCCCUAACCCCCAUCGAACUCUCCCGCAAUAUCGCCGGUAUAACCUCCCAAGUCCGACGCUUCUUCACCCGUGGACAAGAAUACCUCAACAAGCGCGGCUUGCAAGUGCAGCGAAAGGACGAAAAGGGAGAGAUCGGGAGAGGCGUGAGGGUGUUGAAUAAUAUGGAGUGGAUGAGGGAGGUUAGCUUGUUGGACUUUUUGAGGGGCGUAGGGAAGAAUGCUAGGGUUUCUACUAUGCUUUCUAGAGAUUCAGUAAAGAACCGCCUGACGUCGGACUCUGGCAUCUCCUACACCGAGUUUACCUACCAGCUUCUCCAAGCCUACGAUUUCUCCCACCUGCACACCAACCACAACUGUAACAUCCAGCUGGGCGGCAGCGAUCAGUGGGGCAACAUUGUCGCUGGUAUCGACCUGAUCCGACGCGAAAAGAUCGCUGCGAGGGAAGAGAGGGAAAACGCUGUGGUGGAAGGAGAGGAUAGGGAGGUAGAGAUCGUACAGAGCCAGGUUAUUGGAGAGGAGGAGGUGUAUGGGCUGACGAUACCGUUGUUGACAACGAGUACGGGGGAGAAGUUUGGCAAGUCGGCGGGCAAUGCGGUGUGGCUGGAUGAAAAGAGGACACCGGCGUCCGAGUUCUACCAAUUCUUUUUGAGAACGACAGACGCCGAUGUGGAAAAGUAUCUGAGACUGUUCACAUUCCUCCCUUUGGAGACGAUCCAAGAGACGAUGACCGCUCACGAGUCUGCCAAAUCUCAACGCCUCGCCCAGAAACUGCUCGCCGCCGAGGUGACCGAACUCGUACACGGUCCACUCGCCCUCUCUCGCGCCCUUACCGCCGCCCAAGUCCUCUACUCUACCUCCUUCGCCGACCUCAAAGCCGAUGCUGUCAGGGAAGCGUUCAGAGGUGACAAGAGGCUCCACAACGUCAAGAAAGAAGAGCUGGAAGAGUCUGGUGUGGGCAAGGUCGCUGCCAGAUAUGGACUUGUUGCAUCCGUUGGGGAGGCGCAAAGGUUGGUGCAGAGCGGUGGGCUCCACAUCAACUCGUCAAAGGUGACCGACCACCGACAGAAGCUUGGAGCAGAAGACCUGAUUGAUGGGCAUGUGGUCAUCCUUCGUGCUGGAAGCAAGAGGCAGGUCAUCUUGUAUGUCGAGUAGGAUGCGUUGUUAGAGGGGUAUGGGAGCAGACAUAGAUUGUACAAUCACCAUAAUAUUUGCAUGCGCAUCUCAGCUCCAU